AGUGUCGAUGACAAACAUUUUUGUGAGAAAAAAAAAAGAGCAAAGCAAAUAAUUAAAAAUAACGAAUUAUUGCUAAAAAAAAAUAUAUAAAAUGAUUAUCACCGUAAAGAACCUGCAGCAGCAAACCUUCACAAUUGACUUUGACCCAGAGAAAACGGUUUUAGAACUCAAAAAACAAAUUUUUAAUGAACGUGGUGCCGAAUACUUCGUGGAGAAACAAAAACUGAUUUAUGCUGGCGUCAUUCUGACAGAUGAGCGAACAAUCAGUUCAUACAAAGUCGAUGAGAAAAAGUUCAUUGUGGUGAUGCUUACACGAGAUAUUAGCGGAUCUAGCAGUAGCAGCAGCAACAACACAAAUACAGAUGCAGUUUCGUCGCAGCAACCUCGGAAACAAGUCAAGGAGACGACAGAAAGAUCCACAAAAGAUGAGCCACUGGUGGAAAGUAAGCCUGCUGUACAAGUAAAUGAAUCUUCAUCGUCUGAAAAGGGAACAAAGACUAAGAAAAUGACAAGUGAAGCUGGGGGAGAAGUAGGAAGUACCGGAGCUGGAUCUCCAGCACCAGCUGCAGCCACAGGCUCUACCACCGACUAUUCAAGCAUUGAUUUAGUUGGUGAGCUGGCCAAUGCGUCAUUGCAAACACGUGCCGAAUCAAAUUUACUAAUGGGUGAGGAAUUUAAUCGUACUGUUGCCUCAAUGGUUGAAAUGGGUUAUCCCCGGGAGCAAGUUGAACGCGCAAUGGCAGCCAGCUUUAAUAAUCCUGAGCGCGCUGUAGAAUAUUUGAUUACCGGCAUUCCCCAGGAGGAGAACUUGUUUACUCCAGGAGACGACGAGGAAUCUUCAAGAGCAUCUAAUAUACAUCAGGGUGCUGCAAGCGAUUUACCGGCUGAAUCAGCCGCUGACCCAUUUGAAUUUUUACGCAGUCAGCCACAAUUCCUACAGAUGCGCUCUCUGAUAUACCAAAAUCCGCAUCUUUUACAUGCUGUUCUACAACAGAUUGGCCAAACAAACCCAGCUCUUCUGCAACUAAUUUCUGAAAACCAAGAUGCGUUUCUGAAUAUGUUAAAUCAGCCCCUCGAAGAUGAGGUGGGCGCCAACGCACAACGACUUGGUCGAGCACAGUCAAAUUCAAGUCGAACAGAAAAUUUGACGUCAUCGGCAAUCCAAGCGGCAACUACGGAGGGCCAACGUUCUGCUGCUGGGUCAGAAAACCAGCCUUUAGCGGUUGCCUCAGAAGGAGAUGGUUCUGUUUCGGCGGAAAGAAAUGUACCAACAGAAAGCCUAGGCACUAUUCGUCUAACACCACAAGAUCAAGAAGCUAUAGAGCGGCUCAAGGCACUAGGAUUUCCGGAAGCCCUUGUAUUGCAAGCUUACUUUGCAUGUGAAAAAGAUGAGGAACUGGCUGCAAAUUUCUUGCUUUCAUCUAGUUUCGAUGAUUAAAUCAGCCGGUUGCUGACAUGUUACACAUAUGUAUACCCAUAUACAAAAGUCGUUACAAUAAAAGAAGAGGUUACUGAACAACCAUA